AUGGAUGAACGUGCACAGAACAAGAAGCGCAUAGGCGCAGUGGGCGCAGUAGGCGCAGGAUCAGCCGCGAGCGGCAUCAGCAAGGUGCGAUCCAGCAGGAAAGUCCCAGCUUCAUCGAGCAAGGUCGACAGGACCGAGAGGAGCAGCAGGACGAGCAGCAGGAGCAGUAGGAACAGGAGCAAGAGAAGCAGUCAGUCGCCGGCCAAGAGCUACCUCGCUGAAGCCAAGAUUGCGUGCCUUUCCAACAUCCCGGAGGAAGUCAACAAGAGCAAGCAGAGCAGUCCAUCGCCGGCCACAAAUCACCCUCUCGAGACCACGACUGAGUGCCUUUCCACCCUCACGGAAGAAGUCAACGAGACUCCAGCCAAAUCUGAUACCUCCUGCGGACACAAAUGCUUCAACAAGGCUACCUGCAAGCAUGCAUGCUGCAUCCCCACCCCGGCGCCGGUCAUCAACGGCACGAUUUCCGAUGCGCUCGUGUCUCCUCUACAGAAGCCGACGAAGCCAGCUCCAACCUACCACGAUUCCUGCAAACACAAGUGCGGCGAUAAAGCCACUUGUAGACAUCUUUGCUGCAACAUCACCUUGCGCCUCAUCGAUCUCUCGCGAGCGAGUGACUUUGUCAAGAACGACGACAUGAUUGCGUGCAUGGUCAAAUUUCUCCCAAUGGAGGACUUGUUCCUCCGCGUUCGCCAAGUCAGCCGGAUGUUCAAGCAGACGAUCGAGUCGUCCGAGACUUACCGCAAGGCAGCCUUCCUCCAAGCAGAGCCUUCGAAGGAUCCGUCGUUCCGCGCCUCCAUCAAAGAUGCGCUCUUGGAUCCACAGACUCUUGACGGCGACACAGUCCAAGAUCGUUUCUUACGAGGACCAUGGAUGCGCCGUCCGAUCGACGCGCCGUAUCGUUCCGUCCGCGUCAACCCAUUCCUAUUCACCAUUCUGGCGUCGACCAGCCUAACCGAUGCUGUGGCUGCGGCUAGACGCCACAACAUGGCUCUUCCGGACCCUCGCUACUAUUCAAAGGAUGGUGUCAUGCUCUGUCCCGAGAUGCUGCUGAGAUUCAGCGCCGCGAACAACUCACGCCUCAACGACAGAUCAUCUUGCAUGGAAAUGUUCCUCACCCAGCCGCCGGUGAAGGAGAUGGUUUUCGAUGCCCUCGAGUAUGCAGUCGUUGCAGGACACUAUGAUGAUCCCAACCAUGGCGUUCCCCAGCAAUUUUUUCUUGCGACCGACGGCGAAGGACUGCGAUACCGCGAUCUGUACCAGCACCUGAAUCGUUUUAUGAGCUCAGAGCCUAAGCCUUCGCAGAGAGAUUCGUUUUUCCGACGUCUUCCGACGACCGACUCCCUCCCACGCUUCACCAGCAACAUUCCAUGUUCAUCUAUCAACAUCUGGACACGAUCUUCCGAAGCAGGCUUUUUCGCAUCUAGGCUCUUUGCGGCAAUCCACACUCAGUCAAGAAUAGUCCAGGUUGCAGUCGACACUAUGGCCAAGUCAACAAAGGCCACGCGACCUGCAAUUCAGGCCUUACGUAGAUCAGUGCGCAUCAGCAAGUCUACAAAGGCCAAGAAAACUGCAGUUCAGGCCUUGCGCAGAUCAGCACGCAUCAGCAAGUCUACAAGCACAAGCUCAACUGGCCCACCGCCGGUCGCGCCUACAGUCAAAAAGCCCAAGAAGAAGGCCGGAGAGCCCUGUCAACAUUGCUGCCCGGACAAGACGAAAUGCAAGCACAAAUGUUGCAACAUCUCCUUGCGCCUGUACAGUCUCCCCAAAUGCGACGACUUCAUCAGCUGUGGUGAUAUGCUGGUCGCUCUUCUCAGCCACAUGCCGAUAGAAGACUUGUUCCGCUUCCGCUCGGUGAACAAGAUUUUCAAGGACACGAUUGAAGCCUCAAAAGACUACCGCCAGGCUGCGUUCCUUGACGCGGAGCCGGCUGCAAACUUCACCGCGUCAAUCAAGGAGGCACUCCUACGCCCUCAGACGAAAGACGCCCACAGCGAUCAGGACCGCCUCAUCAGACCUAUCUUCGCGGAGACUGUCCUCGACGCACCAGGCCGUCGCGUACGCGUCAACCCUUUCUUCUUCGUUCUCUGGUCCACUGACGAUUUGGGUACCACUGGAAGACAGCCAGAUCACAAGGACCAGCGCACCGCAGACGGCCAUCUCCUCUACAUCCAUCUCAACCUCAAGUUCAACCCCAUGACAGACGUCCUGCUCAACGACGAUUCCUCCUGCAUGGAAAUGUUCCUCACACAGCCACCCGUCAAAGAAGUCCUCGUCCACUUCCCUCAGUACGGCUUCUACGGUCGACAUCAUCGACACAACGGCCUGACAUUCUAUGCUAUGCCCAAACAACUGUUGGCAACGGACGAAGAGGAUGGCCUUCGGUAUCGCCAUCUGUACGAGUUUCUCCAUCUUCUCCGGGCACGCGAAGGGGUCGAGCAUGUGACCGAGGAAAAGCUUGGUCACGGAUACAUUACCAUUCCUAGGUGUGAGGCUCUCGAUGUGAAUGGCAAUCGCGUCCUCAGCAAACGCGAAUAUCAUUGGUUGGCGUAA